AUGGCAACAGCAUCUGUGUUUGAUGAAGAAAUACAUAUUCGAGCUCAAGACGUGAAAAGAUGCCAUCUCUGUCCUGGAAAGGACAGGAAAUCUAAUGCGGAAUUAGUGUGCAAUUCGUGCGGUAUUGAGUUAUGUAAGCAAUGUGUAGGUCAGCAUAUAACAGAAGAUCAAAUAAUCAAGCAUGAAGUUGUUCCUUUCAAGUUCAAGAACUUACCUCUUUGCAAGCAUCAUCAAAAUAAGUGUGAAUAUUUCUGUAGCCAAUGUGAUAUUCCUCUCUGUUCAUUUUGUCUUUCCUCUGGAUCCCAUGCUGAACACAAUUUUGAUAAAAUAGCAGAUCUAUGUAAUUCGAAAUUUGAGGAAUUGCGGGAGCACGUUAAACUUAUUGAAGAAGAUAUUGAGCCCAAGUUUAGCAAAGUUUUAUAUAAACUAGACAAAAUGAUAUCAAGCAUUGAUGAGAAACAUAAAGAUAGGGAGAUUGUGAUUAAGAAUUUUGAAAAAGAAUUACACAGUCUUGUUGACAAUGUUAUGAAAAAAUACCACACUACUGCAAAGCAAUACGAAAAAGAGGAUAUUGCAUUCUUUGAUGAUAUAAAAUCCACAAUGAAAGAAGAGAUGCGUCAAAUUCAAGAGACAAAGCAACAAUGCCUUCAUAUGUUACACGUAACAAUGGAGGAGUUUAAAUCUUUGAUUUCAUUUAAAACCACAGCGAUUGACCCAAUGAUGUUUAAGCACAUGCUGCCAAAAAAAGUUACAGUUCCUGAUUUUGAACCAGCGAAAAUUACAGAGGAUAAAUUGUUUCGUUUAAUUGGAACUCUUCCUCGUUCCAUAAGAGAAGAUACGAAAAACCUCGACAUUAUUCAUGACAGCACAAAGUCAGUGCAGGAUAAAAUCAAGUUUUACAAUGAUGGUCCGAGCACUUUUGUAUAA